CUCCAGCGUAGGAUGCUGAGCCGCGGCACUCUGAGAGAUCAGCGCACAAACACACACAUCUGUUUGAAGACUUCAGAUUUGGAGAAUGAUGAACAUGUCCAGCGCCCCUUUGGGAGCAGAGCUCACCGAUGAGGAAAAGGAGAUCAUCAACAGUGUACUGGCUCGUGCUGCCAUGAUGGAGGCCAUGGAGCAACAGAGGAUAGAGCGCCUAUCCACUCGGCUGGAUAAUAUUAAGAAGACUGCAUGUGGAGAUGGCCAGUCACUCUGCCUUAUAUGUGGAGCUGGAUUUGGACCACAGGGAGUCACAGCUGUCCUCUGUGCACACUGCAACAAACACAUGUGCAGUAAAUGUGGGAUCUACAGCAACAACAGGGCCAGCCCAAUGUGGCUGUGCCAGAUCUGCAAUGAGCACCAAGAGGUGCAGAAACGGUCAGGAGCUUGGUUCUUCAAAGGAAGAGAGCUGCAGCCUCUCCCAGGGCCCCUCCUGCUGUCUAAACCACGAGAGUCCCGCCAUGAGUCCAACUCUGCUCCAGACAACCAAAACAGGACACAAGCAAAAGCUAUGCAUCAUCAAGAGCCAAAGGCUGGUGCUGAGCCGCUGGCCCUGCAGUCCUCUGGAUCAGAACAAUGGGAGCAGACGGCAAGAACAACAGCUGACAGCAGUAAUGAGGGUCAGGCCUGUCCAUCGGCAGUAAUGAAAACAGAAGGACAUGCGUUAGCCCCCAAACCUCCGCGGGCUAGUACUCAACAGGCACUCUGCAGCUCAGAUGUGCAAAAUAAAUGGUCACAGAGAGAAGAGGUCCUUGCAUCUGCUGCUAUGGAGGAAAAACAGCCUCUUGUGGCCAGUUCCAUCUCAUCCUACACUCCAGCUCCCAGAAUGACUCCAGUGAUGAAUAACAUUACCCACCACCCCCCUCUUGCAGAGACAACACACAACGAUGACAAUGAGUAUGACUCAGACGAUGCCACAACACUGGGAUCACUGGAGUUUGAUCUUCUUUAUGAACAGGAGAGUCAUACCUUAAAAUGUUGUAUCAUCAAAGCUAAGGGUUUGAAACCAAUGGAUUCCAAUGGCCUCGCUGAUCCUUACGUAAAACUGCAUCUCCUACCCGGAGCUAGUAAGUCCAACAAGCUUCGCACCAAGACGCUAAAAAACACUUUAAAUCCAGUGUGGAAUGAGACUUUGGUCUACCAUGGAAUCACAGAUGAAGAAAUGUCACGUAAAACCCUUCGGCUUUCAGUGAGCGAUGAAGACACAUUUGGGCAUAACGAAUUCAUUGGUGAAACACGGGUGGCCCUCAAAAAACUCAAGUUCAACCAAAAGAAAAACUUCAAUGUUUGUUUAGAGAGGGUGAUACCGGUGAAAAAGACUGUUGGAGGCUCAUCUAGGGGCAUGGCUUUGUAUGAAGAAGAUCUGUAUGAUGGUGAUGAUUCUGAGGAGAGAGGACGCAUUCUUGUAUCACUGAUUUAUAACAGUCAGAAGAGCUGUCUGAUUGUAGGUGUGGUCCGUUGUGCUCACCUGGCUGCAAUGGACUCCAACGGCUACUCUGAUCCUUUUGUCAAAAUAUGUCUCAAGCCUGAUAUGGGAAAGAAAGCUAAAAACAAAACACAAACAAAAAAGAAGACUUUAAAUCCAGAGUUUAAUGAGGAGUUCAGUUAUGAAAUAAAACAUGGAGAACUUGCCAAAAAAACACUUGACAUCUCUGUGUGGGACUAUGACAUGGGCAAAUCCAAUGAUUUUAUUGGGGGAUGCCAGCUGGGUAUCCAGGCUAAAGGUGAAUGUCUGAAGCACUGGUAUGAAUGCCUGAAGAACAAAGAUAAAAAGAUUGAGCGUUGGCAUGUAUUGUCCAAUGAUAGCUCAGUGCAGUUUGAGGAUUGAAAUCUCCUCCUUUACAUGUAGCUAUUCUUUUCCUUCUUCCCCUUAAAAAGUAUAUAAAGCUAUCAUAAGCUGUUCUGAAGCAACGUUUAAACUGUACUUAACAGAUUUACAUAAAUAUUGACUCUUGAGGUGCCCUGGCCACAUCUUACAAACGAACAUAGAAAUAUUACAUGUAACAAAAAAGCUUAUCCUAAAAGCUGCACUUACCUUAAAGACUUUAUCUGGUUCUUUGAAGCCUUGUGUGAGUGGUGAUGAACUAUGGCUUCAGCCCAGAUGCAAAGGGGGAAUUCCCUCUGACCUCAUUUCCUGUGCUGCUGCUGUGCUCCUGUCAUACAACAUUGUGUCUGUGUGAUCAGCUGAUACAUGACAACAUGUAGUGCUUGCAUCAUCAAAGCAGUCAUUUUACUUGUGCUAUUGUAUAAAAUAUUGUAGUAUCUGUUUAUUUUCAUGUUCAGUGUAACAACAUGGAUUAUGUUACAGAGGUGUACAGGAUGGACGAUCAUUGAUUGAUCUCCUAAACAUGCAUCUGCAUGACAUUAAGUGUAAUACAGGAUUAAACAUAAUUUAUGUAAUAUAUAAAUCCUCAUCAUAUCAAUAAUAUAUUGUUUGUUGUGUAUAUCAUUAUUUGAACACACUGAUUACGUUGUGUUGUAAAAUGACUGCACA